AUGAGUAUCAGUGACAUUCUCAGCCCUCCGGAUAUCGCUGCUGCACUCAGAGAUUGCCAAGCUCCUGAGAGUUUCAACCACAAAAAAUUCUUCCAGAUCAGCGGCAUGUCCAAAAAGAGCAGCAACCAGGUGAAGGAGAUCUUUCGGAUCCUGGACAACGAUCAAAGUGGUUUCAUUGAGGAAGAAGAACUCAAGUAUUUCCUCCAGAGGUUUGAGUGUGGAGCCCGAGUGCUAACAACGACAGAAACCAAAACAUUUCUGGCAGCGGCUGACCAUGAUGGAGACGGAAAAAUUGGAGCUGAAGGUAUGGACCUGGCUGAGGUUGAGGGCCCCAUGUAA